AUGGGUUUCUCUGCAGGUGACUCCAAGAAGGGUGCCAACCUCUUCAAGACUCGAUGCGCUCAGUGCCAUACCCUGAAGGAGGGUGAGGGCAACAAGGUCGGCCCUGCGCUGCACGGCCUCUUCGGCCGAAAGACCGGUUCCGUCGACGGCUACGCAUACACCGACGCCAACAAACAAAAGGGCAUCACAUGGGACGAGGGCACCCUCUUCACAUAUCUUGAGAACCCCAAGAAGUACAUUCCCGGCACCAAGAUGGCUUUCGGUGGUCUGAAGAAGGAGAAGGAUCGCAACGACCUCAUCACUUUCCUCAAGCAGUCUACCGCAUAG